AAUCACUCCACUAUCAUAACUCGACAAUAAACUCGCACACCAUGUCGCUGCUGGCACCCGAAGAUGAGAUGACGCUGUCUUACCCUGGUUGGGCUCUCGACAAAGAAGAAGCGGAAAAGCUCUUUAUCGAAUACUCUUCCACAUCGGCCAGUGAUUGCUUCAACCGCAAGAUUAUUGCCAUGAAAAACAAGGAGCGUCUCUAUCAAGGUGAUCGGUCCCAUCCGGACAUUGUGGCCUUGGACUCGACCGUGUUUACGUACAAUGGUUGGGAACAAGACAAGGAAGAAUGUGAACAGCGACACACGGGCGACUGUAUUCUGCUGCACAUGGGAACCUAUGGCUUUCAAGAUUUGUUUGCCAAGAUGAAACGCAAACAAAAACUCCACUGUGACCGCCGUUCGGUCGAAGGACUGCGAGAACUCGAUGCCGGCCAUUUCACCUAUCCAGGAUGGGAGGCGGAUCGUCAACAGGCGGAAAAGUUUUACAUUGACUAUUCCACCGAUAGUCGCGAUGAUUGCUUUUAUCACAAACUCCGCGCCAUGCAACACAAACAAAAACUUCAUGAGGGUGACCGGUCUCAUCCGGAAAUUAUGGCCCUCGAUGCCACGCUCUUUACGUACAAGGGAUGGGAGGCAGACAAGGAAGAAGCCAUUCGAAGACACACCGGCGAUUGCAUGACCUUUAAUUUGGGACAUUCCGGCUUUGAAAGCCAUUUCCAAAAGAUGAAGAAGAAGCAAAAAAUGCACGUAGACAGAGCCAGUCUUCCUGGGCUUCAGGAACUGGACAAUACAGUUUUUACGUUUCCCGGAUGGGAAGUGGACCGGGCCGUCUGUGAAAAGUACUUUGUCGAGUACUCGACAUCGUCCACGGCUGACUGCUUCCACCGCAAGUUUGUGGCCAUGAAAAACAAACAGCGCCUUUAUAUGGGUGAUCGGUCCCAUCCCGACAUUCGAGCCUUGGAUGGCACAGCGUUCUCCUAUGAUGGAUGGGAAGACGACAAGAAGGAGGCCGAGAAGAGACUGACUGGAGACUGCAUCCUGUUGCACAUGGGAAGUCUUGGAUUCAACGACAUUUUCUCCAAAAUGAAGAAAAAGCAGGCUCUUCACGUGGAUCGAUCGAGUAUUCAAUGUUUGAGGGAUCUGGAUAAUUUGGUGCCCAGUGCAUCGUCGGCUUCGUUGGCUCAGCAGGGUCAGGAGGGUCAGGAGGAACAGCAACCAGCGGAGGAAGUGCAACAAACUGAGGCAACCAGUCCGGUAGUUGCAUCCUCCGUCCCUGCAGUUACUACGGCAUCAAUCUCUCAGCCAGUAGAGCAAGCCGAAGCAACGAAAGAAGCCACUGCCGCGACCACAGCUACCAAUUCGGCUAUUCCAGAGCCGCAGGAAUGCUCUAUCGCCAAGGCCACGCGAGAAAACAAAUGCGUUGUCUGUCUCGAAAACCAACCAUCCCAUGCAUACAUUCCCUGUGGACACUUGUGUGUCUGCGGCGAUUGCGUUGCACGCUACGACUCCACGGGAGACUGUUGUCCUCUCUGCCGUGAGCGAUCGUACUGUGUGACCAAAAUCUAUUGCUAAUCACUGAAAAGCUCUUUUGGCUCGAGGAAGAAUAUGAGCAUGCAGGUGGUCAUCGAAAGGCGAGCAAUCGUGCCAUGGGCAACGAGCCCACGGCAUCAUAAUUCAUAUACCGAUAGUGAACAAAACUUAGGCAGCUAGCUAGAAUCGAAACGUUGAAACGCACACAUGAAACUUGAAGGACAGAUCUGAAAUUAGUCUAUUGAUAAUGCUGUGUAGUUAUGUAAAUUGCUUGGUUUGAAGUAACCAAGACAAAAAGGGAAACUUUGGAUUUAGCCCCAGAAGCAAUCAGAACAACAGCUGCAUGCAACAGUCCCUGAUUCCCCGCAGUUUGACGUUAGAGCAGCUAAAGAACCUUGCGGAGAGCGUAGCUGGCAUAGUUCAGCUGGCAUGUCACCAGCCAGAGCGGUACCGUGCAAGUAUAGUUCCUCUGUUGAUGUUGUUGUUGAAAGCAACCAAUGCCCGCCCACAAAUGAGAAAGCAGUCCAAUGCAAGACUUCAAUGACGCAACAACAAUCCUUCAACGUACCUAGAUUUCCGAGUUGGCCCAGGCUAGCUGGGAUGGUGGAAUUAACUCCAGUUUCGCGCAAGUCAAGAAGUUGCAGAUUGGUGAGGGAAGAUCCUAUAAAGUCUGGGAUAGCCCCCUCGAUCGCUUCGUUGUGAUCCAAUUUCAGCAUUUUCAAGCUCGUGAGGCUCGACAUUGUAGAUGGUAUGGAGCCUGUGAACUGGUUUCCUUCCAAAUUAAGAUCCUCUGUGGAGAGGGUGAGACGACGACAUUAGGAAAAGGCUUGAUAGCUAAUCCCGUGAAAGUUUUUGUGAAGCCCACGUACCUAGACUCGGCAUGUUUGUCAGAUGUGCGAGAUUGCCAAACAGUCGAUUAUUUUGCAGCUUCAGGCUCGCUAGUACCGGUAGGGUACGCAAGGGGUGGGAUG